UCUAUACCUACUUAGUACCUAUGAUACCCGUUGCUAUGACUGCUCUUUGAUAAAAUUUAUUUAUAAAUCAACUUAUUUAUACUCUUUUUAUUGUCCUACCUAUUUUACCUAUUUACUCCUCUUGCUAUGAUAUUAAUAUCCGUGCUUACUCACGCGAAGUCCUUAUAAAUACCUACGAUAAGCACCUCCUCAAGUCGAUACACAUACGUUUAGACAGUCACCAAGAUUCGAAAAAGGAAGAGGGAGAGAAACAGUUUGUGAGAAACGCUCCACAAGAUGUCGAACGGCACGAACAGCACAGGUUCGCCGCAACGCAUCUCCUUCCGCCUCUGCACGGAAGUGAGCCCCGUCUGCCCCGUCGAAGCAACGGUACUUGGCUACUAUCCCAACCUCGGCGUCAACGCCUUCCUCGCCGCCGCCUUCGGCGCAUGUAUAAUCGGCCUCGCCACAACCGGUAUCUGGAAGCGGACCUGGGGAUACUCCCUAGCCUUGACCGCGGGAUGUAUUCUCGAAUUCGCAGGCUACAUCUCCCGCAUCCUCCUGCACACCAACCCCUGGAACUCCAGCGCCUUCCAGACGCAAAUCUGCGCCAUCAUCCUCGCGCCCACACUCAUCUGCAUCUCGAUCUACCUGACCCUCAAACACAUCACCCUCUCCCUCUCCCCCUCCCUCUCGCGUCUGCGUCCGCGUCUCUACCCCCUCAUCUUCGUCCCCGCCGACGUCUCCUGUCUCAUCCUCCAGGCCAUCGGGGGGAGUCUCGCCGCUAGCGCGGGGUAUACCCGUCCCGAGCUGCUGAUCUCCGGGGACCGCGUGAUUAUCGCGGGAAUCGCGCUGCAGUGCGCUGUGUUGGGAGGGUUCGGGGUUAUGGUUGUGGAUUACUAUUUACGCGUCAAGAAGUGGGUGAGGGGUAUGCACGGUGUUGAGAGCGCGGUGUUGGGGGACUCGGAUCGCCGCGCGCUGGCGACGUGGAGGGAUGGGAGGUUCCGCGCGUUCGUGUAUGCUGUUGCGGGUGCGUAUGUCGGGAUUUUGGUGAGGUGUAUUUACCGAAUCGCGGAGAUGGCGGGAGGUUGGGGAAACCCUAUCAUGCAGGACGAGCCGUCGUUUGUGGUUCUCGAGGGCUUCUGUAUCGUCAUCCCCGUGAUCCUCCUCACCGCCUUUCCGCCAGGUUUCCUCUUCCCCGACAUGGCUGAGCGCGAAGCCCAGCGCUUUAGGAGGACGGCCAAGUCCGAGAAGCCCGAAGAGCCCGUGAUAUCGGGUGACGAGGGGACGCUGGUGGAGCGGAAGACGGUGCCGGAGGAGGUCUCGAGCGUAUAGGCGCGGACUUCGAUGGUGUAGACAAUUCAUGUCGUUUGGGUUUACAGGGGAGCGAUCUGUUUUUAUGGAUGGAAGAUAUAGCUAGAUUUUAUGCUUUUUUCGCAUUAGAUAGAACUGAGGCCCCUUGCUUACGGACGUGGAUAUGGAUGCCAUUGCUCUAAACGAGACCCCUUAAGUGAUCUAACAUGCACCUUAAACAGCCAUCAAAACAUUCCAUCCCAA